AAAAUAUGGCAAUGUGUCAUAAGGUGUACCACUGAGAAUGAGCUUAUAACAAUAUUUCUUAACACACCUGUUUCCUGAUUAUUUACGUUUGUCUCGGUCUGCUCGAUAAUUUCCUUCUCACCUGUUCACUUAUUCUUUUUAAUCAUGUUUAGGAGCUGAAGGAGGGAGUCAUGAGGGUCAUCUGCUCCUCUCUUGUGCUUCUCACCAUCUGCUUGGGUCACGGGGGUCGAUUGGCAUCAGCUGAAGGUGUCAGCUGCCCGUCCGUACAGGUAGAAGAAUGGAAGUUUCCUCAAACUGCCAGACACAACAUUACAGGUUUCAAUCUGGCGCGCCGUUUCUCCCUGUUGAAGAACAGCGAGGUCAAGAAGAUCCGAAACCCGAGAGGGCCUGUCAUCCUUCGCCUUGGGAAAGUACAACUCAUCCAACCUACAGAUCAAGUGUUUCCUCAUGGACUUCCAGAGGAGUUCACCCUGGUCUUCACCUUGUUGCUGAAGAAGAAAUCUUUGAAAGAAAACAUUUACCUGUUCCAGAUAUCUGAUGAAAAUGGGUAUCCUCAGUUCUCACUGGACUGGAAUGGUCCAGAUGGCAACCUGGCCCUGCGGGCGAGAGGGGCCGACCCUGAAGGGUCCAUGGUGGGGUGCGUGUUCGAAGGUGACGGUGUGGAAUCCCUGAAGGACAUGCGCUGGCAUAAGGUGGCUCUGAGUCUGCAGAGAGAUGCGGCCUCCCUGCACGUGGACUGCAGCUCCAUUGAUAGCAAGCCCCUGGAGCUCCGUGGCCAGUUACCCAUCAAUGGACACACGCUGUUGGGUAUGAGGUCUACUGAUGCUGCUCCUGUGGAGAUUGAUGUCCAGCAAGUGAUGGUGUAUUGUGACCCCUCUCUGGCUAUCCAGGAGGCCUGCUGUGAGAUACCUGGAGCUCGGUGCCCACCGGAUGCUCCCAAGAGUCGAAGAGCCGCAGAGAACCAGGUGGAGUUUGUGCCCAAUCCCUUCACUCAGGCAAUUCUCGGAUCCAAGGAACUGGCAGAAAAAUGUGCAGGAUGUGUACUGCUCAAUGAGGAAUCAAGUGUUAUUCAGGAAGGCUAUGCGGGUCAGCCAGGCCUCAAAGGAGAGAAGGGCAACCAGGGUUUGGACUGUACUGGUGCUGGAGUUCCUGGACAGUGCUUAGAAGGUGCUAAAGGGGAGAAAGGAGAGAAGGGGGAGUCGGGUCUGGCUGGCAACUGGGGAGAAGCUAUAGGAGUGAAGGGUGACAAAGGGCAGAAAGGAGAAAUCGGAGCCCCAGGUCUGCCCGGAAGUCCAGGCAAAGACGGUCGAGCUAAUCCUAUUUGUGUGGUGGGCCCUAAAGGACAAAAGGGUUUUCCUGGUGUAGUUGGUCCAGAAGGGCUUGCAGGAGAACCAGGCCGGCCAGGACCUCCAGGACCUCCUGGAGUUGGGAAACCAGGACCACCAGGGCCCCCUGGUGGACCUCCAAGAUCUAAAGGAGAGAAAGGGGAUUCAGGGAUACCUGGUGAAGACGGAAAGCCUGGAGAACCUGGUCCGAGAGGUCCUUGGGGACCUAAAGGUGAGAAGGGAGAUCCAUGUGAACCAUGUCCAGUGGUCUCUUCCAACUCUACUGGCAACACUGUGGCCUUUCAGAGCAAGCAGGGACCUAAAGGAGAACCAGGGGCCCCAGGCAAAGGAGAGCAGGGUCCACCUGGCCUUGCAGGACUGGAUGGUAAAGCAGGACAGAAGGGAGAGCCAGGAGUAGACGGGGCCAAAGGCGAAAAGGGUGAACUAUGUUCUGGCUGCCCUAGCAUUGGAGAAAUUCCAGUGGGCAUUUUGAAUCCAGCUCAAAAGGGAGAGAAAGGAGAUCCAGGUGCUGGACAGAAAGGAGAGCAGGGAGAACCAGGUCCAAGUGGCUUUGCUGGACUAAAAGGGGAAAAGGGUAAUGCAGGCAGCAAAGGAAAUGAGGGGAAAACUGGCAAACCUGGUCCAAAAGGGUCAAGUGGAAAUAAAGGAGAGAAGGGUGAUUCUGGACAACCCGGUAUAGCGACACCUGGUCCAAAAGGUGAAAAGGGAGACUCAUGUGGCGUGUGCCAAACCACUACCUCUGAGGUGGGAAGUGGCCUAUCUACGAUAAAGGUUACAGGGGAACGUGGCCAUCCAGGACCUCCAGGUCCACCAGGAGAAGGAGUUGAAGGCAAACAGGGGCCACCAGGUCUACAAGGUUUCGAAGGAGAGAAAGGUGAUCAGGGUUUACAGGGAGACCCAGGUGUGGAUGGGGCAGCUGGACCCACAGGACCUCAAGGAGAACCAGGCAGGAAUGGCCUUAAUGGAAUAAAAGGAGAAAAGGGAGACGCGUGUGGCAGCUGUCCAUCACUCCCUGAAGGAAAUGGCAAUGUUGCUGGCUUACCAGGGCCCAAGGGAGAGAGAGGAGAGCCAGGUUUGCCAGGGGAUGGCAGAGCAGGCAAACAGGGUCGGCCAGGCCCACCUGGUGUCCAGGGACCUCCAGGGCUCAAAGGCAGUCAGGGUGAUGCUGGGCUUCCAGGUAUUGACCUUCCAGGACUGCAGGGUGAGCAGGGACCUAGAGGUUUUCCCGGAGCUGCUGGUCCAGAAGGACGUCUGGGACCUGCAGGGCCGAUUGGACCAGCAGGACAAAGGGGUCCAAAGGGAGAAAUGGGACCACCAGGGUCACAGGGGCCAAUGGGAAUGGGACCAAUCGGACCCCCGGGUAGGGAUGGAACACAAGGAUUUCCUGGAAUACCAGGGCAGGAUGGGAGUCCUGGAGCCACUGGGCCUAAGGGUGACAAGGGUGAACCAGCAGAGUGCAACUGUUUGAAUUAUAUGUUCCCUGGAGCCGGUGGACCUGGGGUCCCGGGUGGUGAGAGCAGGUGGCAGCCUGGUCCUCAGGGGCCUCCUGGACCACCAGGACCUCCAGGUCCCACAGGGCCCCAAGGCUUUACAGGAAUCACAGGCCCACAGGGUCUCCCUGGCAACGAUGGCGUACCAGGGGAACCGGGUCCACCCAGCCAAGCACCUCCUGUUUUGAUGCCUCAGGAUUCAGCUUCCACAGGCAAGGAGGGCUGUGGCGAAUGCUCCAAGGGUCUAUCAGGUGUGCCUGGCAUGGUUGGCGCUAAGGGCGAGAAGGGAGAUCAAGGCAAGCCUGGCGUUGAACACUUAGAUGGAUGUGAACGGUGUAUAGAGAAGCUGCAGAGAGAAGAAACACCAAGAGGGCCUACGAGUAACAGUGGUCAGUGCGUUGGUGCACCAGGGAUGCCCGGAUUCCCAGGGACCGCAGGGGUCAAAGGAGAGCCGGGUCCCAGAGGUGAGCGAGGACCUCCUGGUCUUCCUGGAACUCCAGGUCAACAAGGUCAGAGAGGGACAGACGGACUUCCAGGACAGAAAGGUGAACAGGGUCCACCAGGAAAUCCUGGCUAUCCUGGAACCAUGGGACCGCCUGGACUCCCUGGCCUUAAAGGAGAGCGUGGCAGUCCAGGAACUGCAGGGCAGAAAGGAGAUUCUGGUCCACCAGGAUCUCCAGGUUAUCAAGGACCAGUCGGCCCAGCAGGUCCUAAAGGGGAAGCUGGAACAGCGGGACCUGUGGGACCAAAGGGAGAUCAGGGCUUCCAAGGAUCCCCAGGAUUCCCAGGACAACAGGGUCCUCCAGGUUUCUCGGGAAAAGCAGGUCCUCCGGGCCCUCCAGGACCACAAGCUGAGAAGGGUAGUGCUGGAGUUCAGGGCCCACAGGGACCCACAGGUCCCCCAGGAUCACCCGGGGCCCCAGGCAUGCCUGGACCACCUGGAAUGGAGGGACUUGAUGGCAAAGAUGGAAAACCAGGUUUAAGGGGUGAACCAGGACCGCCUGGCGCUACUGGACCCAGGGGAAUGCCGGGUUUCAAGGGCAUCAAAGGACACACAGGUCUCCCAGGAAUGAAAGGAGAUAGAGGACCUCAGGGACCUGCUGGAGCAGCGGGAAGGCCUGGUCUAGAGGGUGAUCCCGGUCCUCCUGGACCACAAGGACCACCUGGAGCUCCAGGACAUGUUGGUGCUGCCGGAUUUUCAGGGCCGGCGGGACCAGUUGGGCCACCUGGAGUGGGCAUUAAGGGAGACAAAGGUGAGGCAGGAGAGAGAGGGCAGCUUGGAUUACCUGGCCCACCAGGGCUCCCAGGACAUCCAGGGCUGAUGGGUGAACCAGGGAGUGAUGGAGCGGUGGGUAAAGACGGAGCCCCAGGCCUGCCAGGAGAACCUGGUCCAUCGGGACCAAAGGGCGAAGCAGGGGCUGCAGGGCAAAGGGGACCCCCGGGAGAGCGCGGACGUCCUGGCCCACCAGGAGGAGGCUUUGGUUUUGGCUCCAAAGGACCAGAAGGGAUCAUAGGACCAGCUGGACCCCGUGGUGAGAGGGGAAAUCCUGGUUCACCUGGACCAGCUGGUGCCUCCGGACCACCAGGAAUCCCAGGGAAUGAAGCUGUUGUAAACUAUGAUGACUUAAGGUCCUUCAUCAGGCAGCAGGUCAUAAAGAUCUUUGACGAGCGUAUGGGCUACUACAUGUCCCGAAUGCAGAUGCCUGUGGAGAUGGUUGCGUCCCCUGGUCGACCAGGACCCCCAGGGAAAGAUGGAAGUCCAGGCAUCACAGGUCCCCCAGGGAUACCGGGCCGCUCUGGGCAGAUUGGCCGCGAAGGAAGGCAGGGACCCAUGGGUCCACCCGGUGCCCCUGGUGUAAAGGGAGAAAAAGGAGAUAAUGGUGUUGGAGAGAUGGGAGACACUGGCCCUCCGGGUGCUCCAGGUGUUCCUGGUCCUCCUGGUUACAGUAAGAUGGGACCACCAGGUCCUUCUGGUCAGCAGGGCAUCCCUGGUAUUCCUGGACCUCCAGGACCAUCUGGACCAAAGGGCAAGGAUGGUCGUUGUCACCCGUCAGACUGUAUGAGUAUGCCUGUGGGGUACAAUCCCAAGGGCCCAGCUUCCAAAGGUCCCAUGUACUAGAAAAUGGUUUAAGAGAAAUAAAAGAUGGAGGAUGGUACCCACUGAUUGACAAUCUCACGGUUACCUACCUGUAUCUGCUAAGGCUUCUGAGAAGAUCCAUGGAGAACCAAAGGAUUAAUGUCAUUUCCUUUCCGCAUGAUGCAAUACCAAAAAACUGGUUCACCACCAAUGGGGACUUUUAUAAGUUAUUGUCUGCUGAUGAACCGGUGAAGAAAGGCUAAGCAUUAUUUAACACCACUACAAUCAGUGCAACUUCCCAAACUUGAGUGCCUUAACCCCUGAAUACUGUCCCAUAUUGCCAUCAUUUUUGAGUUUGUGUUUUACAAUUAUAGUAAAUUGAAGACUUCUAGAUCCCUGGACAUAUAAGGUGUUGACAGUCAUUAUAGGUACCCAGAUUUAUUCAGCGUUCAAUAUUUUUCAUUUCUUUACCAGGCAAAAUAUUUUUUGUUUUUCCGAUUGACAUUUCACACCAGUCUUCAAGGUCCUUUAUUAACUAUUAAAGCAAUAUUCUGAGUUAAAUACAAGUUAAAAUCAUCCAUGGCAUGCUGUUGUUAAUGCAGGAAUUAUUUUGACUCAUACCUCAUUUUGUGAAAAUGUUGACAGCUUUGCACUUAUAAUGGAAUUCUAUAGGGCAAGCGUUCAACAUUAUUUUUUUUAAUUUUUUUUUUUAUAUUUUGCAAAUUGAGGUAUGAAUCAAAUAGAUUUUCUGCUGAAAAUUGCCACAGAUGCCGUUGCUAGGGCUUGUAUUGAAUCUGUAAUAUUUCUUUAAUAAUAUAUUUGUGAGGGGGUCAUUUUGGCAGCUGCUAAUUUUGCUAUUUAACUGCUUUAGCAAAGACAAUGUGGCAUAAAUAUCUAUCUGUUUCCAGUGAAUAAUUCCUUCCACAGUGUGAGCCGUUUAAUAUUAAAUAGUUUGAGGUUAUCAUUAGGCAUAGAUACAGUUACCUAAUUAAUUAUGUUUAUUAUUCAAAAUGAACUUCCCCAAGGGCUUGUGUUGUACAUAUUCAUAUUUAUAUGUAAUGGCUUUUUGUACUUUUUAAAAAAAUCAUCAGCAUGGCAGCCCUUUUUAUGGUCGUCUCAGAUAUUUUGGAAUAAUUUUAUAAGCUCUAAACAAAUGGAUGUUUUGUAAAGGUAAGUUUUAUAUGCAAUUUUGGGUUAGAAUGCAAUUUUGUGAUGUAUCUUGGGACAGAAAGGGAUUUUAUUUUUAUAAGAAUAUUUCAGUGACACCUAUUUCUUGAGCUCUGUGAUGACAUCUCCUCCUCUACCACUCUACUGGACUCUUAAACUUGAAUUUACUUUGAUAUACUGUACCACUUGCAGCUGAACCAUCAUGUGCUUCUAGAACACUCUAAUCUUAAAUAUGCUU